CUCAUUUAGAACAGUAAUAAAUAUACUAGUAGUGCGUCUGAUAGUGUUUCGGGGUAUAUAUGCAUACUAUUAGGGACUUACUUGUACAUUGAAACAUUCUACAUACCCCCAUGCUACUACAGAGCUUAGUACUAUUGUAAGUGUAUUCUCAAGAUGCUAAGACGUACAGCCUUAAAGACAACAAAAGGGCUCAGCAGCGCCAUCGGACUGGGUCAAACGAGGCUCCUGAACACCUGUGGAAGAAAAUCCAAGUGUGGAGAGUAUGACUAUGAUUUAGUUAUCAUUGGCGGGGGCUCUGCUGGGUACGCAGCCGCCUCGCGGGCGUGGGAUUUGGGAGCAAAUGUCCUGGUGGUAGAACAGAAGUGGCUGGGUGGGGCUGGUAUGGACCUCAGU